GCGGAGUUCUCCUCAGAGCGACCUUUUUUUCCAGGACAAAAAAAAUGAAUCGUUAAAGUCUUUUGACUUUGUUUUUGCGAGUUUAACGUCAGAUGUGUGAGAGUUCACACAUCACAAGCGGAUCCUCCAGCGUGAUGGCGCAGCAGCAGGGAAACGAUGGAGAAAGAGACGCAUUAAUUUCUCCAGAAAAAGCUUCUCGGGAGUCAAUAAAUUCAAUGAUAACCGCGUCUUUUAAUUUCAUCAACUCUAUCAUAGGAUCUGGAAUAAUAGGUUUACCAUAUGCACUUAACCAGGCAGGACUGCCACUUGGUUUGGUCCUUCUGAUUGCUGUUGCGUGCAUCACAGAUUACUCCAUUGUCCUACUGAUCAAAGGAGGAAACCUAUCAGGCUCAAACAGCUAUCAGUCCCUGGUGCAAAGCACCUUUGGUUUCCCCGGAUAUCUGAUUUUAUCUGUCCUGCAGUUCCUUUAUCCUUUCAUUGCCAUGAUAAGCUACAACAUUACAACAGGUGACACCCUCACCAAGGUGUUUCAGAGAAUCCCAGGAGUUGGUCCAGAUCACAUACUGGCAGAGCGUCACUUUGUGAUCUUGCUCUCUACCUUCCUGUUCACUCUGCCACUAUCUCUUUAUCGAAACAUUGAGAAACUUGGGAAGGUGUCCUUCCUGUCCAUGGUGCUCACACUCACCAUCCUCAUCAUUGUGGUGAUCAGGGCAGCUACCCUUGGACCCCAAAUCCUUCCUACAGAAAAUGCGUGGACCUUUGCAAAAUGGAAUGCCAUUCAGGCAGUCGGUGUGAUGUCUUUUGCUUUUAUAUGUCACCACAACAGCUUUCUGAUCUACGGCUCUCUAAAGGAGCCCACCUUAGCCAACUGGUCUCGUGUCACACACAUCUCUGUGACCUCAGCCCUAAUAAUCAGUGCUGCAUUUGCUGUUGCUGGCUACACUACAUUCACUGGCCGCACACAAGGGGACAUAUUUGAGAACUACUGCAGAGAUGAUAAUCUGGCAACAUUUGGCCGUUUCUGCUUUGGCUUGAGCAUAAUAACUACAUUUCCACUGGAAUGUUUUGUUACACGAGAGGUGAUUUCAAACUUGGUUUGCAGUCGAAAUCUUUCAAAUGCUGAACAUGUGGCUGUUACUAUGCUCAUUGUUGCAGUCUGCACUUCACUAUCUUUGGCUUACGAUUGCCUGGGAGUUGUUUUGGAGCUAAAUGGUGCCCUGAGUGCCACUCCGUUGAUCUUCAUCAUCCCAUCAGGGUGCUUCCUCAGACUCUCCUCUGGCCGCUGGUUCCAGGGUGAAAACCUGAUUGCGUCCAUUUUGAUAAUAAUCGGGUUCUUUGUCAUGAUCACUGGGCUGAUCUUGACUGCACUCUACCCCCAAGACUGCUCACAUGGGGUGGAGAUGUUUUACUGUGCUGAUGCAAACAUCUCUGUUACAGUGCCACCUUAAUGUGAAGAACAUACCUCAAAUAGAGAACUCUCGUACAAUACUUGGCAAAAAAAAGAAAGAAAAGUAAAAUGAACACUUGAGGAUUGUUGGGAUAAUGGUCUUUAUACUUUACAAACACUCUUUAAGUGUGAAAUUUUGGUUGUUUUGAACAAAGCAUUUGUUUAUUUGCUUAUUUAAAUGUCUGACCUCUUUGUAUUAGAGGCAUUAAAGAAUGGGAAUCAAGUUAAAUAGCAUAACUGUGGAUGCACGUUGAAAUCUUUAAUACACAGCUUCCAUGACAAAUGUAACAAAAAACAAUUUAUACGUUUGAUGCUUGUCUAUAAUAAUAUUAAAUACAUAUGCAUGUCUUGUUUUUGUAUAUCCAGUUUCUGGUUAGUUUUUUUUUUCUUUCGUAAACCACAUAAAAUGGAAUGUGGAGCAUUUCUGUUUCAGCUUAUGCAUUUGCUGUACCAACUCAUAAAACGGCUAGACCUGAUUAUUAGCUCAUUAGUAGCAAACUUAGGAAUGUCUUUCCACUUUAAAUUAAGUCUGAUCUCAAACUGAAAGAAUUUUGUUUUCAGCAGGUGGUUCUUAUGUGUGUGUAGCUGGACACGACUGGGGGAAAAAAAA